GGCCCAAAGGGAAAUAUCCAUGGAAGUGACCUCUCGUUUACCUUCCCGCCCCAAUGAGUCCACCAAACCUGCCACACAUCACCGGUCUCUCUUCCUAUAAUCUGCCUCAGAUAUUCCAUCCUCUUCGAUUCCGAGGUCCCCAAAUACUACUCUCAAUCGUCGAACCUGCCAAAAAUCUCCUUUACAGCUCGUAUACGGCUUCCCCCAAACUCGAUGUCUCUCUUUCGAAGCAUCAUCGAGCUAGGGUUUCCCUUGGCCGAGCAGAUGAAAGGCUUGGCCGGAAGAAGGAGUGCGAGGAUGAAGGAGAGCAAUUCGAUGAUCUGGGUGUGGAAGGGGAGGUCUUUCAGAAGACGCUGAGGCUGGUAGAGUGCUCCAUGUUUGCUUCCGUUACUGGCCUUGCCUACUUUUUGAGCAAUUCCCUUGCCAUUGAGAACUACUUAGGUUGUUUCUUCUCAUUACCUAUAGUGAUCUCCUCUAUGAGAUGGGGGCUGGCAGCUGGUAGGAAAACAAUGGUUGCCACGGCCAUGCUCCUUUUCAUCUUAUCUGGACCUGUCAAAGCAUCUACUUAUCUGCUAAUGCAUGGAUUGGUUGGUCUUGCCAUGGGUUCAUUGUGGAGGUUGAGAGUAAAUUGGAAUGUCUCACUAGCUCUAUGCACACUUGUUCGAGUGAUUGGAGUUGUUGGUUAUGUUCUAGUAACUUCAUUCUUAAUAAGAGAGAACAUACUGAAUCUGAUCACCAUUAAUGUUCAUGCCUCUCUCACCUAUGUCCUGGCAGCCAUUGGAGUGAAUAUUAUACCGACAAUGGAUGCUAUAUAUGUUAUAUUUGGAACCCUGGUUCUGCUCAACUGUGGAUUCUUUGUUUUAUUGCUGCACAUUCUUUAUGCGGUAUUCCUCACCAAGCUUGGGAUGAAGGCUUCUUUAGCGCUUCCAGGAUGGCUGCAGAAGGCAGUCUGAUUAAUCGAUAGCUCCACAACUUCCAUUCCGGACUAAAAAUUAUUGAAGCUGUUAUUGAGAAGGUGAAUCGAGCUCUUGCGUUCUUUUUGAAAUUGUUUAUUAUCUCUUUAAGUUUGAAUCUGCCAAUUAAGCAUGAUAGUAUAGAAUUAAAAGAGCCGUGGUAGGAUUUUAAGGCAUAGAAGUGAUAUCCUUCUCCAGUAUUUGAUCCUCUGAUGAAACCCAUUGUGCUCAGAAUUUAUUGUUGUAUUACGUCGAGGGUUAUAUUAUCAAUCAAAAGGAGCUAAAAAAGUCUUAUCUCAUGUAUCAACUUGAGCAUGGCAUGCUACCACUAAAAAUCUAUACUGGAUUAAGUGAAAAGCAACGCUUACUGCCUGAUUCUCAAAAUUGUCUACUUUACAUCUCAUUAAAGUUGCAUCUAAUUAGUUAUAGGCACACAUUUUUGUUGUAAUAGUGUCUGAUGCUUAGCUCAACAUAUGGGACAAAGUGUACAGGUUUAUUCA